AUGUCCGAAAAUACAUCCAACAACAUGCCCAACUACAUCCAGGGAUACAUCCACUUCACUUCCGACGCCGAGAACGGUCAUCACGACUUCGACUUCGACAUUAACCAAUCUUCCAUCCCCUCCCCGGCCGAGUUCGACUUCAACACCCCCAUCGACAGAAGCACCCAGGACAAUACCAUGCACCAGCAACCCCAGGACAACGAGAUUGCGCCCCCCGCCUAUUGCGUCGACCCCUUUGACCCAAUCCACUACGAGGAUGUCGCCCAGGGCAGGACUGCCGAGGAGGUCUUCGGUCAUCCCGUCAAGUUGGACACGACUUUAAACGUCGAGGCCUUGACUCACCCCGCCGUCGCCAACAUCUUCAAGCCUGUACACACCAUCAACAACCUCCGCCAAGCCCUCGACGCGGCCUCCGCUUUCCUUAACAGCAGCCAUGCCCGUUGCACUCACAGGUUCUGCAUCCGCCACCUGAAGAGCCGGGUUGGUGUGGAGUUGGAACUUGAGAUCCUACGCCGCAAGGCCCUCGGUACCGGUACAUGCUCCACCGACUUUGCCUGGAUGCCCAAGGAAACUGGAAAACGCUGCGACCGAUGCGCUGAAAUCCGCGAUGAGCGUGCCAGGGUCCGCAAAGAGAACCGCGCUUCGGCCGCGCCACCCAGGGAGCUGGCCAGCAAUCCGAACAGGAGGAAAGCUCGAUCAUGA